CCUUCAUAAACACACCUGUGUUCAAUUUGGAACACGAUUAGAAGUUCGAAGGUCCACCAGCUUGGAGAAUUCUGGAAUAAGUGUUAUUUGUAUGGAGGAACUCUCCCGCCCUGAGCUGAGACCCAACGAUGCUCAAUCUGGUGCUGAGGAAAGGCGUGCAGUGAUUGGAGACGAUUUCACGUUUUCUCUACGUUCAAAUAAAUCAAACCUGCAGGUUGAGUUCAGGCCUAAAUCUGAAGAAAGUGUGCACGUGUGGUUUGUCAUCAACACCACCGUGAGAUGUGACUUCAAAGAGUAUGAGCGGAGAGUGUCAGUCCGAGACAAGGUGUUACACCUGAGCAGCGUGACCAAACGAGACGAGGGGUCUUACACUGUCUGGGAGAAACGAUCGAGCAAGGCUGUCCAAAACGUCCGUCUCUCCGUGCAAGGUGAGGAUACGGUACCGCAAUGCAUUAAG